ACAGCGACAGCUGGGAAAUUCACCACAGUCCAUGGACAUGGAUUUUCCGCUCGUGUGAAAAUACUCGCACGCUCACUACGUUUCGGUUCGCCAGCAAAGGCAGUUGCUCCUCGCAUUUUCGCAGCCCGUGCGUGUAGUGUAGUGUAGUCUAAAUAAGACCAAUCAGACUAAGUCAUCGGUCAAAAAAUGGCAUUUAAGGCCUAAUAAAAACACGGCGACAACAAAAACUGAAAAUCAAUAAACACAAAGCCAGCAAAAAGUACGUAACCAGCAACAACAACAGCAACAACAACACCCCAAUGCGGCAACAACAAGUGAGCAAGUUAAAGAACCUUUGCGAUUUGUAAACGCUGCGAAAUACCCGUUGUGCAGAAAAAAAAACCAACAAAUAAACAAAAAAGCAACAAGAACAAAAAAAGCAAAAAAAAAAAGAACAUUUAGCAACAAUGUCGGAGGGCAGCGAUAACAACGGGGAUCCCCAGCAGCAGGGGGCGGAGGGGGAGGCGGUGGGCGAGAACAAAAUGAAGUCCCGCCUCCGCAAAGGAGCCCUCAAGAAGAAGAACGUCUUCAAUGUCAAGGAUCACUGCUUCAUCGCCCGGUUCUUCAAGCAGCCCACGUUCUGCUCCCACUGCAAGGAUUUUAUCUGCGGCUAUCAGUCGGGAUAUGCAUGGAUGGGCUUCGGGAAGCAAGGAUUUCAGUGCCAAGUUUGCUCCUAUGUGGUGCACAAGCGGUGCCACGAGUACGUCACCUUCAUCUGCCCGGGCAAGGAUAAGGGCAUCGAUUCGGACUCACCAAAAACUCAACACAAUUUCGAGCCAUUCACAUACGCAGGACCCACGUUCUGCGAUCAUUGUGGGUCCCUGCUGUAUGGCAUUUACCACCAGGGUCUCAAAUGCUCAGCAUGUGACAUGAACGUGCAUGCCCGCUGCAAGGAGAACGUGCCCAGCCUUUGCGGAUGCGAUCACACGGAGCGGCGGGGUCGCAUUUAUCUGGAGAUCAAUGUCAAGGAGAAUCUGCUAACUGUCCAGAUCAAGGAGGGUCGCAAUCUCAUACCCAUGGACCCAAACGGACUGAGCGAUCCCUAUGUGAAGGUGAAGCUAAUUCCAGAUGACAAGGAUCAAUCCAAGAAGAAGACUCGCACCAUUAAGGCUUGCCUAAAUCCUGUCUGGAAUGAGACACUCACUUAUGAUCUGAAACCCGAAGACAAGGAUCGACGCAUCCUGAUCGAAGUGUGGGACUGGGAUCGCACUUCACGCAAUGACUUUAUGGGCGCUUUGUCCUUCGGCAUCUCGGAGAUCAUCAAGAACCCAACCAAUGGCUGGUUCAAACUGCUCACCCAGGACGAGGGCGAGUACUACAAUGUGCCAUGUGCGGAUGAUGAGCAGGACCUACUGAAGCUCAAGCAGAAGCCAUCGCAAAAGAAACCGAUGGUAAUGCGCAGCGAUACGAACACGCAUACUUCUUCCAAAAAGGAUAUGAUCCGGGCCACGGACUUUAAUUUUAUCAAAGUUCUAGGCAAGGGCUCAUUUGGAAAGGUUUUGCUGGCUGAGCGCAAAGGCAGCGAGGAGUUGUAUGCCAUUAAGAUACUCAAGAAGGAUGUGAUCAUUCAGGACGACGACGUCGAGUGCACCAUGAUCGAGAAACGUGUCCUGGCGCUGGGCGAAAAGCCACCUUUCCUGGUCCAAUUACACUCGUGCUUUCAGACUAUGGACCGUUUGUUCUUUGUAAUGGAGUACGUGAAUGGCGGCGAUUUGAUGUUCCAAAUCCAACAGUUUGGAAAAUUUAAGGAACCCGUGGCUGUAUUUUAUGCCGCUGAAAUAGCAGCAGGACUUUUCUUCCUUCAUACCAAGGGCAUACUGUAUCGGGAUCUGAAGCUGGAUAAUGUGCUCCUGGACGCCGAUGGACAUGUAAAGAUUGCGGACUUUGGCAUGUGCAAGGAGAACAUAGUGGGUGACAAGACCACAAAGACUUUCUGCGGUACACCUGAUUACAUUGCUCCAGAGAUAAUACUGUAUCAGCCCUAUGGCAAAUCGGUGGACUGGUGGGCCUAUGGAGUACUGCUCUACGAGAUGCUAGUAGGUCAGCCACCUUUCGAUGGCGAGGAUGAGGAGGAGCUGUUUGCCGCCAUAACUGAUCAUAAUGUGUCCUAUCCAAAGAGCCUGAGCAAGGAGGCCAAAGAGGCCUGCAAGGGCUUCCUAACUAAGCAGCCAAAUAAGCGUUUGGGUUGUGGUUCCUCUGGCGAGGAGGAUGUGCGUCUGCAUCCCUUCUUCAGACGCAUCGAUUGGGAGAAAAUAGAAAAUCGCGAAGUCCAACCGCCAUUUAAGCCGAAAAUUAAACACCGCAAGGAUGUGUCCAACUUUGACAAGCAGUUCACAUCAGAGAAAACAGACUUGACGCCCACGGACAAGGUGUUUAUGAUGAAUCUGGAUCAGUCGGAAUUCGUUGGCUUCUCCUACAUGAAUCCCGAAUAUGUUUUCAGCCCAUAGAUCCGAUCUGAUCCGGUCUAAUUUCCAUGCUUCGCGUUGUGUCCCCUAAGUCUAUUUUGAUAUUGAUUACUAAAAAGACAUCUUGUUAAUCUUUGUUAAGUUUUCUGUUUGAUUUUCAACCAUUAUAUGUAUAUCUAUAUUUAUUGAAUUGUUAAGUUUUUAGUUAAUUUUAAGAUCUAGAAACUGUGAAACAGAGCUUUAGUUAUGGAAUAUUCGAAUACUGUUCAAAGGCACGUCCUUACCUCAAGCCAACAAAAAAAGCAAUAAAAGCAACAUGUCAAAUA